AGUACUUUUUUUAAUUAACAUCACUGCGUGUGGAGUGCACUGCAAAUUUGUCAUCAAUGGCGGGUAAUGAAAUAGUUGGUAAUAUCGUUAGAGAAUAUAGAAUAGUUUUACCCAUAUCUGUUGAAGAAUAUCAGGUUGCACAACUUUAUGCAGUUGCUGAAGCUAGUAAAAAUGAAACUGGUGGUGGAGAAGGUAUCGAAGUAAUAACUAAUGAACCUUUUGAAUCUACAAUUGAAGGUGAAUGCAGUGGUAAGGUUUUUAAAGGACAAUAUACUCACAAAGUUAUUCAUCUUUCACAAAAGGUACCAAGAAUCAUUCGAGCGUUAGCGCCUAAAGGUAGUUUGGAAAUAAUUGAAAAAGCUUGGAAUGCUUACCCUUAUUGUAGGACCGUUUAUACAAAUGAUUACAUGGCUGAUAAUUUUUUUAUUGUUAUUGAAUCACGUCACGAGCCUGGUACAGGUGAAAUAGAAAAUGUGCAUCAGUUGUCAAAAAAAAAAUUAGAAAAAAGGAAUGUUGAUGUUAUUGAUAUCGUUAAUGACCCUUGUCGACCUAAUGACUAUAAAGCUGAAGAAGAUCCAUCUAAAGUAAAAUCUGAAAAAACUGGACGUGGUCCACUUAUUGGAGCUGAUUGGAGUAAAAACCAAAAUCCUGUAAUGUGUUGUUAUAAGCUGUAUGAUGUAAAAUUUAAAUGGUUAGGGCUUCAAACACAUGUUGAAAGUUUAAUUAUGAAAUCAGUGAGAAAUUUGUUGUUUAAUUUCCAUCGCCAGGUAUUUUGUUGGAUUGAUAAGUGGCAUGGUAUGACAAUUGAGGACAUUCGUGUUCUUGAAGAGCAAACAAAAAAAGAUCUUGACCAGAUGAGACAAUCUGGUGAGGUCAAAGGAACUGUCAUGAAAGAAAAAUAACUUGGGUUUUAAUGUUUAUUUUUUAAAAUAUAAAUUUAAUUAUUAUAUUUUUUUUUUUUUUUUGUAAUAGAAUUCUGGCGCUUAGUUUAGCAAUAUGUUAAUACGUGUAUAUUCUACAUCGACUUUGUUAUUCUCUCAUUGUAAAUUAUACAACAAUUUAAUAUAAUUGAA